CUUCCUCCCCGCACCAUGGCCGCCCCGCUGGGAUUCAAUCCCCCUAGGAAAGACUUCUCGUCGUGCAAGGAGCUUCCCUCGGUCAUGCUGACGAGCGAGAAGACUGGCUGCUGGUCGCACCUGGGCCAGGUGUCGGGAAACCACAACAGGGGCGCAGCGCGGUACAAGGAGCUGAGCCAGAGACUGAACCUCGGCCCCGGUUGUGAGCUGCUGGGCACGGCGGCGCGCCAGUUGAUGCGCACGCUGGGCGUCCGCAACGAGCUCUCGCGCACGGAUCGGGACGACUUCGUGAGCGUCUUCAAGGA